UGGAAUCGUUCUCCAGCGAGGGGAGGGAUCUGGAACCCAGCUGACGUACACGUGAAGAAAGAAAGCUCACCAACCGCUUCACCAAAUGACGUCACUCCCCAGGUAUCUAAGACUUCAUCAACUGAACAACCUGGAGAGGAAGAACAAGUAUCCCGACCUUCAUCUGCGAAUAACGCUGGUGAGGAGAGACCAGUUGAAGGGGAUAACAGAGAUGAUCAGGAGGACGAGGGGAUAAGUGAGGAUGAAGAGGAACAUGUUGAUGUUGAAAAUGUCAAAGAGGAUGAAAUGGAGGAGUCUGAGGAGAGUGAAAGUGAACCAGAUGAUGAUGCAAGGUGAGUCUCACAGUGCAUGGCAAAGACCAUGCUUAGGGUUAGUGGUGUAAUGCCAUUCUGACACAAACUGUCAAAGUUGAUAUGAUAUCAUUACAUUAAGGCAACCAUGAUUCCAAUGGUCCACUGGGUGCACCAGACAUUAUUUAAAAAGAGCCAUAACAUUGGUUCUUCAAUUUUAAUAAUCACAGUGUCAAAAUUCAUCUCUUGGAUUGCAUUAUCGAUGCCCACUAAUAAUUAGUAGCUAUGUAAAAAUCUGCAUCAUAGCUAUUAUUGCAUUGUUCCCUGUAUAUGAAUAUUCUCUCAUGUCGUUUAUUUUUCUUUAUCCCAGUGAGGAUGAGAAAAAGAACAAAAGGACCAGAAAAACGGACAAACCAAGGAAAAGACUAAAAGCGAUGUAA